AUGCACUCCAUCCCCCGCCCUCUCGGCCCCAGGGGUCUCAGGGCGUCCUCACCGUCCCCCUACGGCCUCCCCGAAGUCGCUCCCCUCAACAUCCGCAAAGUCAGUGGCACGGCGCCCCGCAAGCCCGCCCUCAAGCUGCCCCAGAUCGACUUCGACAAAGUCGACGGCGGCGCCUUCGCGGGAGCCCAUGCCGACGGCGCGCCCCCCUCGUACACCUCGCACUCUCACAGCGACAGCCCGGGCGACCUCACCGUCCGCCCUGACCAGACAGUCUCGCCUCACCCACGCCUGUCCGCCGCAGUAGUCUCCAUGGAGAACAUCCGCCAGACGGUGGAAGAGUUCGACGAGUGGUCCGAUGACUACCUCGACGUCAUCAAUCGCCUCGGCGAGGGUGCCGGCGGCGCGGUCGACAGGGUCAGGGACAGGCGCACGGGCAGGGUCAUGGCACGCAAGACGAUCACGACCCUCGAGGCUCCCAUGAAGCAGCUCAUGCGCGAGAUCAAGAUUACAUCCUCGACGUCGCACGGCAACAUCAUCCACUUCUUCGGCGCGUACAUCUCGCCGUCCUCCAGCGAGGUCAAGGUCCUCAUGGAGUUCUGCGAGGGCGGCAGUCUCGAAUCGGUCGGGAAGCGUAUGAAGGAGAUCGGCGGGCGCGUUGGCGAGAAGGUCGCCGGGCGGCUCGCAGAGGGCAUCCUGCAGGGUCUCGCAUACCUCCACAAACUGAAGACGAUCCACCGCGAUAUAAAGCCCCCGAACAUCCUCCUCACGCGCGAGGGUGUCGUCAAGCUCUGCGACUUUGGCGUCUCGGGCGAGCUUGUCAACUCCUUGGCUGGCACCUUCACAGGCACCAGCCUCUACAUGGCGCCGGAGCGUCUGUCCGGUCUGGAGUACACUAUCAGAUCGGACGUCUGGUCCACGGGCAUCUCCCUACUCGAGCUGGUCCAAAACCGUUUCCCAUUCCCCAGCGAUCUGGCCGCGAUCGAGCUGAUGUUCCACAUUACGCAAAAUGAGCCGCCAGAACUCGAAGACGAGGAGGACAUAACCUGGAGCCCCGAAAUGAAGGAUUUCAUUAAGAAGGCGCUCACGCGGGACCCCCUGGUACGUCCGACGCCAAAGGACAUGCUGGCGCACCCAUGGAUAGUCAACAUCAUGCUGCACGAGGUCAACAUGGCGUCCUGGAUGCGCCAGGUCUGGGGCUGGCGCAAAAGCAGAAAGGCAGGCGAGACAUCCUCGCGGCCAGGCUCCAGCCGCAGCGACGCGGCGUCGUCGCUCGACGCCACCAUGGCCCACCUCUCCCUCGGUGGGGACCUGGACUCCGCGUCCGCGGCGUAA